AUGCCAGACCCAGUGGUCCUCUAUACGAGGUAUUACGAAGAGUGUCUUGAGGGGUUCCCAGCAAGCAUCGAGUUCAUCGACCAGCUCAGCGCGGUCAACCUCCCUGUGGAACCUCUCCGCCUGCCCGGCCUGCCAACUAUCCCUGUACCGAUUUAUCUCGCUGGGUUCUUUGUAGAUUGGAGGUUACGUCCGUCGGAGGGGGUUAAAGCGUAUAUGAUUUCGGAGCAGGUGAUAGAUAGGUGGGAGGAGAAAGGAUACCCGAAGCCGUUCAUCUCCCCGUCGACCAUUGACUGGCCAACCGGCAACUACCUCAUCCAUUUCGCGACGUACGCCUCAGGUUGCUCGCACCGAGAUCUCAAGUACUUCCAUGAACACAGGGAUGCUGUGAUAAAUCAGUUCCUCGACCUCACGGACUUUACGGACGAGGCGAAGCGGUUCGUGAAGACUAAGGCGUUCAAGUGGCAUCGGUACCUACUACCUGGUGGUUGGGAGGAAGUUUGA